CCUUAGCUUCGGUUCUGAGUUAGUCUCCACGCCGGGGCGGUAGGAGGGGAACCCUCCACGCGUGGCCAGCUUUUCUCAGGAGGCUGUCAGCCCCGCCCACCCACCUCUCAGCUCCCGCGCUACUGGCGGCGCAGCUUCUAAGUGUCCGCUCCUCCGGUGAGACCGGGUCGGGAGACGCCCUCCUUGCCUGGCGCGGGCAGAGGGUCGCAAAGCAGGCUCUAGGGCCGGCAGAAAUCCCAGUUAGACGACCCCACCGAGUUCCCCGGUCAGAGUGCUGCAGCUGAGCGAAGCGGCUGCUUGGGACGCCUACUCGGGCGCUGCAGAAAGCCUUCUUGGAGUCUGACAUGAUAUCAGUUUGGGACAGUUGCCCAGCUGUUCCUGACUUGGCCACAUGAAGGCUCAGACCAUCCCAGUCUCUCAACAAAAGAGAACCAACAGUAUUAGCAGAUCUGUAUCAGCCGGAAUGCAAGAUCAGAGCCUGGGAGAUAGAUAGCAGUGGCUGUGGACUUCAGCAAGCAUGUGGCCGAGUGGCAUCAGAGCCGAGUGAUGGAUGACCUGCAGUCCCAGAACCUGUCCAUGGACAUGACCGACUCGGCCCCCGCCUUGGCCAGCAACCGCCUGGAGAAUGGCAUGGCCCAGCUGAUCACCACCGAGGCCUGGAACAUCAACUCCACCGACCUGGUGAAGAAGGCCUUGGUGACCGUGCCGGCGCCGUCCAUUCUGAACCCGCCGGCCGAGUCCCAGAGCGGCAUGGCCCUGAAGGUGGCGGCCACCGUGCUGCAGCCCCUGUGCCUCGGGGAGAGCCCGGUGGUGAUGCCCAUUCACAUGCAGGUGGAGGGCAGCUCGGCGCCCGAGCUCAACCCCAACGGCAACGCCACCUACGUCAUGACCACGCAGGGCCCCGUCCAGCUGCCGGUGGUGCUGGAGCAGCACGUCUUCCAGCACCUCAACUCGCCGCUGGUCCUGCCCCAGGAGGCCCCGUGCUCCUCCGGCGCCGUCCACAGCAACCUCUUCCAGGGAGCCGAGGACCCGGAGGCGCAGCCCCAGCUCCUGGACCUGAGGAUCCCCAGCCAGCCGCAGGAGCCCAGCCUGCCCUUCGAAGCCGUGCUCCAGAAUCUGUUUCCCUCGCAGGGCGCUCUGGGCCCCCCACCCUGUCAGCCUCCUCCGGGAUACGCCCCCGUGCCCCCCCAGCCCUUUAACGCCCCUCUGUCGCCCCUGGUUCCGCCGGCCACCCUCUUGGUGCCCUACCCCGUGAUCGUGCCCUUGCCGGUGCCCGUCCCCAUCCCCAUCCCCAUCCCCGUGCCUCAGAGUUCCGAGUCCAAGUUCAGCCCCGGUUGCCCCAAGGCGCCGUCCUCCUUCGGCCUCCAGCCCUUUAGGGGCGGCCCGCCCGCCGUGCAGAAGGAGGAACUGAAGCCCUUCGAGCUCCUGCAGCCGCGGGAGUACUUCCAGCUCAGCCGCCACACCGUCAUCAAGAUGGGCAGUGAGAACGAGGCCCUGGAUCUCUCCAUGAAGUCGGUGCCCUGGCUCAAGGCUGGCGACGUCAGUGCCCCCGCCUGCCAGGAAGACGCGGCCCUUGACCUGUCGCUGGCGACCCACCGGAGAUCGGAGCCCCCGCCACCGCCGGAGACACUGUGUGACAGCAGCGGGGCGGUGGAUGGCCCGGGUCACGCCGCGAUGGAGACACCGCCCGGUGGUGGUGUGGAAGUGCCCUUUGCCCCCGCCACACCCCACGAGGCCGCCGCCGCCGCCGCCGCCGCCGCUGCGAUGGAGAGGCACCUGGGCGGCAGUGACGCUGCCGAGCCCCCUCGCCAGCCCAGUGGCGAGGUCAAGGCUGAGAAUAACAUUGAGCUCGGGAGCGAGUCCCAGGCGGCCAAAGUGAUUGUCUCCGUGGAAGACACUGUGCCCACCAUCUUCUGUGGCAAGAUCAAAGGCCUCUCGGGGGUGUCCACCAAGAACUUCUCCUUCAAGAGAGAAGACGCCAUGCUCCAGGGCUACGACAUCAGCAGCCAAGCGGAAGAGUCCGCGGGCAGCGCGGAGCCCCUUAGGAAACCCAUCAAAAACCGGAGCAUAAAGUUAAAGAAAGUGAACUCCCAGGAAAUACACAUGCUCCCCAUCAAAAAACAACGGCUCGCCACCUUUUUUCCCAGGAAGUAAAUAGUGGCUUUUUAAAAUUUUUAUGAUUAUAAUAUGGGGAAAGGUGCAUUGGUUUUAUAAAAAGGCAUUUAAAACAAAUUAUCUUUGUUAAUUAUUUGGGGGAGUAGUUGGGGAGCGGGAAUGUGAAUUGGCUGUAGAGGCCCUGUAAGCUAGUAUCAUUUUCUUUUUUAAUUUUUGACUUUUCACAAAUGAGUAAAUAAGAGCAACCUAUUUUUCAAGCAGAUUGCACAUUUUUUGCAGCUUUAAUGGAAUAUUGGGUGAAUCAGAGGGGUAAAAAAGCUAUUUUCAUUGCCACCAAGUGCUUUGAUGAUGUAAUACCUAAUAAAGGGUAGGAUGACUAUUUCACAAUAAAUGUUUGUUUGCACUAA